GACUAUUCGAAACACAACACUCAUCCUCAGCGGAGCGCUUUGAUUCUGCAAAGUGUAGCCUAGUCCAUGAGAGAAGUGAAAUAUGGAGAAUUACGUGAUUUUAGACGCCAUGUGCCCCGGUUCUUUUGGAACAACAUUACUUGUUAGCGACAGAAAAACCGGUUUGGAACUCACAUUAAAGAAGACUGAAUGUUUAGAUGAAGGUAGAGCCAACGAAGCUCUUCAGGAGGCACUACCUCUUCUGGGGAUCAGCCACCCGAACAUUGUCCGCUGCAAAGAGAUGUUCAUAUCCUGGGAUAAAGAGAUAUCUUCAGUUAUCCUCAUCAUGGUGAUGGAUUGCCCAUACACAGACAGUCUCUCAACCAUCAUCAGUCACCAGCGGGAUGAGAAGAAGAGAUUUGGGAAAAAGGUCAUUGAAACAUUCCUGGGACAAAUGACCGAUGCGCUGGCCUACCUUCACACACAGAACAUCAUCCACAGGUUUCUAGUGAGAUUUUAACCCGUUUAACUUAAGUGAGAAUGGAAGAAUUUAUAUUCGACUGUGUAAAAUGUCACUCUGCCAGAAACCUGAAGCCAUCCAACAUCCUGGUCAAGGGAUUUAACUUCCGCAUCUGUGAUUUUGGGACGUCCGCCUUCACUGGUGACAGGAUGAAGCUGAAGGUGAAGACCAAAGAAGGUAGACUGAACAACCAGACACACACACACAACCAGACACACACACACACAACCAGACACACCAACACAACCAGACACACACACACAACCAGACAAACACAACCAGACACACAAACACAACCAGACACACUAACACAACCAAAAUACGGGGGGGGGUGAUCAUCUCGCAAAUGAAAAUGGGCGGGGGCGGGGUGAAGUGGGCCGCCCAAUUUAUGACAUGGAUAUGCACAAAAUACGUCAGCAUAAGCCUUGCAAAGUUGAAGAUGAUCUUAAACAGUAAAUGGCGUGUGCCAUUCUCAACCCAUAAAAUGUAGAUUUUUAUAAAAAUGGGAAUUUUGUCAAUAUUAAAACCAGCAUUGGUGUUUCAUCAUAGUUCAGUCAUAUCAUUUAAUUUACAGCUAAAAAAAAAAAACACACUUUAGGGCUGAGCUCCAUUUUAAACACUCUCAGGCAGCUACUCAAAGCCCAAACUAGACAUGCCGAGCCAUACAUACAAGAGAAACGCAUGCACUCGCUGUCACGUUCACUGACACAACCAGAGGCCCUAAUUCAUACGGACCUACCAUACAGAAUAGGUCAGUCAGCUCUCACACCACAGGCAGUUAAGAUUAGGGUUGCAAAAUCCUGGGAAUAUUCAAAGUUGGAAACUUUCCAUGGGAAUUAACGGGAUCUACGGGAAUUACCAGGAAUAUAUGGGAAUUAACGGGAAAUUUGGGGGUUAUUUAUACUAACUGUAUUUACCUUGUCAUAUGGCAGACAAUGGGCCUCAUUCUCG